AUGGCGACAGAGUGGAACCACCCCAUGUUUGGUACAGGAGGGUCUUAUGUAGCAUUACAAGACAAGCAGGUCUUCCAAACGCUGACGAGACUCGCCUUCAGUUAUUCUCAAGUCGGUGACUUUUACGUAAAGGUUCUUUCUUAUUACAACUGGACGGACGUAAGUGUCAUGUAUCAAGGAGCUGGUACACGAGUUCAAGCCCUUUAUAAUCUGAACAGAUUUGUGUCCGAAAGUGUUCAUGCAAAACUCAUAGAAGCGGGGCUAAGAUCUACAAUGGUAAUAUCUAACUCGGAUUCCGAAAGUGAAUUGGUUGAGAUCCUUCAGAGAGCAAGCAGAGUGUCAAGAGUGUUUCUCAUUACGUGCGAUAAUUUUACCCUCAGGAAGUUGAUGUUGAUUGCGCACUCGAUGGGUAUGACAAAUGGGGAUUAUGUUUUCCUGUAUUUCUUUGGAUUCAAUGGAUUCGCUAAUGGCGAAGUAAACUGGAAAAUGGGAGAUGAAAAUGACGAGAUCGUGCGAAAAGUCUUCCAAUCACUGUUUCUCGUUGGUGUGUUUCAAUCGGAAGCCAAAGAAUAUCAAGAAUUCAAAUCUCACAGUGUGAGACGAUCUCUGGAAAUAUACAACUACAGUUACGGCGUAGAGGAAGAUAUAAAUCCAUACGCUUUCGCAUUUUAUACCGCCUUCACACUGUAUGGAGAGGUUUUAAAGGACAUAAUCCGUGAUGGGAAAGACUUCAGAGACGGCAAAGAGAUCACUAAAAGGCUAUGGAACAAAACAUUUAAUGGGGUAUCCAGAAACAUAUCUGUAAAUGCCAAUGGUGACGUUCACACUGACAUGAUGAUUCUGGAUAUGAAUCCAGAAACUGGCAAAUUUGUUCGUGUUGGAUAUGGAGCUUUUGGUGAAUUUCAUCUCAGUAAUUCCAACACAAUUCAUUGGCCAAAUAACAAAGGACCCCCUGCAAACAAACCACCAUGUGGAUUUACUGGGGAGGCACCAGAGUGUUUCAAUAUGGAGGACAAUCCAUUGGUACAAGCAUUUUCUAUUGCAUUUUCGAUAAUAAUUCUAAUUUUUGGCAUCACCGUGCUGACAGUGUACAGAAAGAUGAAAAAAGACGCCGAGUUGUUCAGCAACUGGUGGAAGAUUCCAUGGAAAGACAUCACGUGGUGUUCCUUCUGUCAGAGUAAAUUUUCCACUUUGUGUGCUUCCGAAGCAAAGUUGAAGUCUAUGUCGGAUGGUGGAAGUCUAUGUGGCAGACCAAUGGACAACAAAGUAGCUUUGUACAAGGGAUCCAAAGUUCAUCUUUUCGAAUUCACGAAAAAAUCGUUCUCAACCAAUCGAACACUAUUUCUGGAAUUAUUACAGUUGAGAGACGUAAAUUGUACCAACUUGACAAAAUUCAUUGGACUCACUGAGAGCGCCUCUAAUCAGCCGUAUGCCGUUACUGAAUUCUGCUCACGUGGUGAUUUGAGGGAUAUUCUAGCAAGGGACUCUUUCAAAUUGAACAAGGAAUUUAGAAUAUCCCUAAUACGUGACAUAAUUCAGGCAAUGGAAUAUAUACACACCUCUAGCAUCCAGUAUCAUGGGAAUCUUACCAGCAGAAACUGUGUCAUUGACAGCAGGUUCGUUCUUAAAGUUACAGAUUUUGGAAUACAAUCCUUGAGGGAUUUUGAAGUCGACGAACGCAGUGAAAAGUGUCUCUGGGCUGCUCCUGAACUUCUUCGAAAAUCGGUAACGAAGACCGACAUAACUGGGAUGCAGUGCGCUGACAUCUACAGCUUUGGUAUACUACUGUAUGAAGUUCUUUCUCGGAAGGAACCUUUUGAAGAUGAUCGAGACUUUUUAACAUUGGAUGAGGUCAUAACGAAACUGAAGCAUGUAAACCACACACCAUUCCGGCCACGUCUAGACUUCGUAAAAAUCAACAAAGAUAUAGAUAGACUGAUGAAGAUGUGCUGGGAAGAAGACCCUAAAUUACGACCGAGUUUCCUAGCCAUACGGAAAGAAUCUAGAAAACUACGAUGGGAUAGAUCUGGUGACAAAUUACUGGAUACGCUACUAUCCCGUAUGGAGAAAUACGCUGAUAACCUGGAAGGCUUGGUUGAAGAAAGGACACAGAACCUGAUAGAAGAGAAGAGGAAAUCAGAGGAGCUACUCUGUGAAGUUCUGCCGAGAAGUGUCGUCAACACAUUAAUGAGUGGCAGAGUGGUGGAACCGGAAGCUUACACAUGUGUUACGAUUUAUUUCAGUGAUAUCGUUGGGUUUACGGAAAUUUCAUCAGAGAGUACUCCAAUGCAGAUAGUUGACCUGUUAAAUGAUCUGUACACGUGCUUCGACAAAAUCAUCGGCAAUUUCGAUGUUUAUAAGGUUGAGACUAUUGGUGAUGCAUACAUGGUUGUUUCUGGUCUGCCUGUGAGGAAUGGAGAUCAACAUGUUGUAGAAAUAGCAAAGAUGUCAUGCUCUAUUCUACAGAAAGUGAAUGUUUUCAAAAUUAGACAUAAACCAAACACGCCACUGUCCGCACGAAUCGGAAUCCAUUCUGGACCGGUUUGCGCUGGUGUGGUUGGUCGUAAAAUGCCACGAUACUGCCUGUUUGGUGACACAGUAAAUACAGCGUCACGCAUGGAGUCGAACGGACAGGCUAUGAAAAUCCACUGCAGUGAAAAUACACGUAAUCUACUUGUUGGCCACCAUGAAUUUGUAAUGCAAGACAGAGGAAAUCUACAAAUCAAGGGGAAAGGCGUUAUGAGGACGUACUGGCUUUGCUGUGAAAUAGAGGACGUGUCAGAUAAUGUCACGAAUGUUUAAAAUUUGUCAAUAUGUAUAAGUAUCCGUAUUUACCACAGAUGACUUUAUAGCAUUGAUCAAUACAUGCCCUUUUCCUAAUUGUAAGAGGCGACUAAAUAGGCAAACGUAUUUGAUAUAGGCAAAGGGUCAUAGCACUUCUAA